UGAGGAUCUUUGGAAUAGAAUACAUGGCUACAGGUGAUGACAGUCUUCCCUGGGACCGAGACAGUAUCCUGAGCCGAGAUCUGCUCUCUACCACAUCUGCCCAGCUGUGCUAUGAGAACCUGAACAGAUCCUGUGUCAGGAGCCCAUACUCCCCAGGCCCUCGCCUCAUCCUCUAUGCAGUCUUUGGCUUUGGGGCUGUGCUGGCUGUGUGUGGAAAUCUCCUGGUGAUGGCAUCAAUUCUUCAUUUCAGGCAGCUGCACACUCCUGCCAACUUUCUGGUGGCAUCCCUGGCCUGUGCGGACUUCUUGGUGGGUCUGACUGUGAUGCCCUUCAGCACAGUGAGGUCUGUGGAGGGCUGCUGGUACUUUGGAGACAGUUACUGUAAAUUCCAUUCUUGUUUUGAAGGGUCAUUCUGCUAUUCCUCUAUCUUCCACUUGUGCUUCAUCUCUGUUGAUAGAUAUAUUGCAGUUAGUGACCCCCUGAUCUACCCCACCAGGUUCACUGCAUCUGUUUCUGGCAAGUGCAUCACCUUCUCCUGGCUUCUGUCCAUCAUCUACAGCUUUUCCCUCCUUUACACAGGGGCCAAUGAAGCUGGGCUGGAAGAUUUAGUGAGUGCCCUCACCUGUGUGGGUGGCUGUCAAAUCGCAGUGAAUCAAAGCUGGGUCUUCAUCAAUUUCCUAUUAUUUCUUAUUCCCAUGCUUGUGAUGAUAACUGUCUACUCUAAGAUUUUCCUCAUUGCAAAGCAGCAGGCUCAGAACCUUGAGAAGAUGAACAAGCAGGCUGACAGGGCAUCAGACAGCUACAAAGACAGGGUGUCCAAGAGAGAGAGGAAAGCAGCCAAAACCCUGGGCAUCGCAGUGGCUGCCUUCCUCCUUUCAUGGCUGCCAUAUUUCAUUGACUCCAUCAUUGAUGCCUUCCUAGGCUUCAUCACACCCACGUAUGUGUAUGAAAUCCUGGUUUGGAUAGCUUACUAUAACUCAGCCAUGAACCCUUUGAUUUAUGCGUUCUUUUAUCCUUGGUUUCGAAAAGCCAUCAAACUCAUUGUCACUGGCAAAAUUUUGAGAGAGAAUUCCUCAACCGCCAACUUGUUUCCUGAGUAGAUUCUUGGUUUAGUUGGGGAUUGAAAAGAGAUUUACAGCAGAACAUUCUUGGGGAGGUUGAGUGCCC